AUGCCAACUCAACAAGAAAUCGAAAAACUGCUACAAAAAUCGCCUUACAGUGCCUCUAACCAGGCCACAUUGGAAGCUUAUGUGGAUGCUCAAGCCCAAGGACAAGCCCCGUAUUACCAAGAUGCCAACCGAUCCUUAUUGAGAAUCUACCAAUUCUCUUCCCAAUCUGCAGAUCCGUCUAAAAUCGCUCUAAUUUUAAUGUUGGCACUCUUGGAAUACCCAUCCACCGACAUUUUGGCAUUUUCAUAUUUGGUUCCUGCCCGAACACAAAAAGUAGAACCGUGUGCAAGUGUCCUCAAGUGCGCCAAACUUUUGGAAUCGUGCAAGUUUACAGAAUUUUGGCCAGCUGUUGCAGCUAUUGAAGGAGAUAAUCUGCUAAAGAACUUGGUAACGAAUUCCACACAGAAAAUGCAGAGUGCAAUUUUGGAGGUAUUGUCAUUGACUUACAAGUCCGCUUCUGUAGCCAAGGUCAGUGAGGCUUUGAACGUCAGUUCAGCUAAUGCCAUUACCAAGCUGAGCCACCCCAACGUGGAAUCUGUACAAGGCGACAAAAUUAUUUUUGUAGCAUCUUCAGAAAACACCAAGAGGAAUCGUGUCUUCCAAGAGGGUGUCGACUUUGGAGCCAUUGCUUCCAUGAUGGCAAAGGUUACCGCCGAGUAA